AGAAUUAAUCAAUAACCUAACUUUUGUUUGUCAAAAAUUUUAAAUUCUGUGAUUACACGUGAAGAAUUUUUAUUUAUUUAAUUCUUAUAAAAGAAAUUUGUUUGAUUUCAAAGAUGCCGAAAGUCAGCAGUACGGGGGGCGCCCCUCGAAAACAGGGCUUUAAUAAAUCUGGACAUUCAAUGAAUCCAGAAAGGUCUAAAGAUGGUUUGAAGGGAGUAGCAAAACCUCGAACAAAAGGGACUAUAAAGCGGUUGCAAAUGUACAGAAAUUUCAAAGCGAAAAGGGACAAAAAAGGUAACAUCCUUACUCCAGCACCGUUUCAAGGAAAACUUCCUCAAGGAACUCAGGCUCGGGUCGAGCCUAAUCAAAAAUGGUUUGGAAAUAGUCGUGUAAUAUCUCAGAAUGCUUUACAGAAAUUUCAAACGGAAUUAGGAGCAGCUGUAAAAAAUCCAUAUCAAAUAGUAUUGAAACCUACCACUUUGCCAGUUACACUGUUAAAUGAAAAGGCAAAAUAUGCAAGGGUUCAUUUACUUGAUACUGAGAGUUUUGACAGCGUUUUUGGACCAAAGAAAAGUCGAAAAAGGCCAAACUUAAGUGUUAGAGGACUAGAAGAGUUAUCCGAGCUAGCUCAAGAAAAAGAAAAAACAUAUAGCAACGAAAAAGAUUCCAAUAUAGUUAGAGAUAAUGAGGGAAUUAAAGAUUUGCCUAGAGAUUGGGUAAUGGGUGCUGGUCAAUCCAAAAGAAUUUGGAAUGAAUUAUAUAAAGUAGUAGAUAGUUCUGACGUCUUAUUACAAACACUAGAUGCAAGAGACCCAAUGGGAACAAGAUCUGCUUAUUUAGAAAACUAUCUUAAAACAGAAAAGCCGUACAAGCAUCUUAUUUUUAUUUUAAAUAAAGUUGAUCUUGUGCCUACUUGGGUGACUCAGCGAUGGGUUGCUCUUUUAAGCAAAGAAUAUCCAACAGUUGCAUUUCAUGCCAGUUUAACUCAUCCCUUUGGGAAAGGAUCAUUAAUUAAUUUACUAAGACAGUUUGCUAAACUUCAUGUUGACAAAAAACAGAUAUCUGUUGGAUUUAUUGGAUACCCAAAUGUUGGAAAAUCUUCCAUUAUUAAUACACUUAGAAGUAAGAAAGUAUGUAAAGUAGCACCAAUUGCUGGAGAAACAAAAAUAUGGCAAUACAUUACAUUAAUGAGAAGAAUUUAUUUAAUCGAUUGUCCAGGUGUAGUUUAUCCGUCAGCAGAAACAGACACAGAGAAAGUUUUAAAAGGUGUUGUUCGAGUAGAACUAGUAAACAACCCUGAAGAUUAUAUUCCAGCAGUGUUAGAAAGAGUUCGAAAGGAAUAUAUAGUAAAAACAUAUAAGGUAAAUGAAUGGACCGAUCCUAAUGACUUUCUGGAAAAAAUGGCACAGCGUUCGGGAAGACUUCUUAAAGGAGGUGAGCCUGAUAUCUCCAGCGUUGCCAAAAUGGUUUUGAAUGAUUGGCAAAGGGGAAAACUACCUUUCUUUGUAUGUCCACCUGGCUUUGAAGUUGGUCUGAAUGCUUCAGAAGAGAGUAACACUGAAACUAAUGUCAGUAUAGUACAAGAUUUUAGGAAAAUAAAAGUCGGUUUGGAUUAUGAAGGUAAUGAUGUUAAAGAGUUAGAACCCAUUAAAAAUGUUGAUAAGGCUGUAGAAGAGUAUAAGAAUAUUGAUGAAGAUAAUUCUCAAGUUGAAUAUCCUAUCGGAGAUACAGAAAAAGAUGAUGAUUCAGAUGAUUCCUCAGAUUUUAGUAGUUUUUACUCAGAUAUGGAUACAACGUACGAAGAAGAAAAGGAAUAUGUAGUAUCAGCAAGUGGAGAUUUUAAAGUGGAAAAAGUUAAUAAAGGUAGUAAAACAACUAAAAAACAACCAGUAAACAAUACUACAAAAUCGUUAACAAGCAAACAAAAAAGAGCACAAGAGAGGGCUCAGAAAAGAAAGAAGAUAGGUAGUAACUUCUAUGAAGUAACAAAUGUUAAGAAUAGGAAUAGAAAAAAGAAAAAGUUGUAAAUUUUUAUUAGCUGUUUUAAUAAAAAAUAAUGCCUUAUAUGUAAAUAUCGAUUAUUAUGUUUUUGGUUCUGCAUUUAAUCAUGUUUAUUAUAUACCGUAGGAUUGAAAAAAAAAUGGCGUCAAAACGCGGCGUUUUUUCCAAAAAACUCAGCAAGCCUUGAAAUUUUUAAAACUUUUUUGAUGGCAUCUUCGUGAACAUCCCAAAGCGCAGCUUUGCCCUAAUUUAACCAUAUUUGCCCUAAUUUAACCAUAUGUUCAAGAUAUUUGAGCAUAAAGUUUUAUAACCUGGUACCAGCUAGAAUUAAGGCUCUUAAUUUUAAUCAGUACAAAA